AUGCAUAUCAUCAAGCCAGUUUGGCUAACGCAUGGAGGUGAGAGAAAAGCAUUCGAAGUUUACAGUUGCGAUAUAUCUCCCGAUGGAAGUCGCCUUGUGACAGCAGCAGGAGAUGGAUACGUUCGGAUAUGGUCUACAGAGGCCAUUUGCGGUACGGAUGCAGCAGCUGCAAGCAAACCGAAACAGCUGGCGUCCAUGAGCAAUCACUCCGGCACGAUUCACACGGUUCGCUUUUCACCAAACGGGAAAUACUUGGCUUCUGGAGCGGACGAUAAGAUUGUUUGUAUCUACACAUUGGAUGCAAACCCGCCCUCGCAUGCUACGAGUUUUGGAUCGAACGAAGCACCGCCGGUCGAAAAUUGGCGCACAAUUCGGAGACUGAUCGGGCAUGACAACGAUGUGCAGGAUUUGGGCUGGUCGUAUGAUUCCUCGAUCUUGGUGUCGGUUGGCCUUGAUUCAAAGGUGGUUGUUUGGUCGGGACACACGUUUGAGAAGCUCAAGACGCUUUCCGUUCACCAGAGUCAUGUCAAGGGGAUUACAUUCGAUCCGGCCAACAAGUACUUCGCGACGGCGAGUGAUGACCGCACUGUUCGAAUCUUCCGCUUCACUUCCCCGGCUCCGAAUUCCACCGCUCACGAUCAGAUGAACAACUUUGUGCUUGAACAGACGAUUACAGCGCCAUUUUUGAACUCACCGCUUACGGCUUACUUUCGCCGGUGCUCUUGGUCCCCGGAUGGUAUGCACAUUGCAGCUGCGAAUGCCGUAAAUGGACCUGUGAGCUCUGUCGCAAUCAUCAACCGUGGAUCGUGGGACGGAGAUAUUAACCUCAUCGGCCACGAAGCGCCGGUCGAAGUUUGCGCCUUUUCGCCACGAUUAUACACCCCGCAACCGGUCAAGAAACAGCAAGCGGAUGGGCAAGAUCAUGCUGCACAACCUGCCGUCACGGUCAUAGCUUGUGCUGGAGGGGAUAAAUCGCUCAGUGUAUGGAUCACGAGUAACCCGCGACCAAUUGUUGUUGCCCAGGAGCUGGCGGCCAAGUCCAUCUCUGAUCUAGCUUGGAGUCCGGACGGGAGUUGUCUGUAUGCGACUGCACUGGAUGGAACGAUUCUUGCCGUUCGCUUUGAGGAAGGAGAUCUUGGCUACGCUAUGGAACUGGAGGAGAAUGAGAGGUCGCUUACGAAGUUCGGCACGAACCGGAAGGGCGCUGGUAUCGCGGAGACAACAGAUGGAUUGCUUCUUGAAGAGAAAAGCAAGGCUGGCGAGCUCAAGGGCGUCGAGGGCCGAAUGGGCGCUCUGAUGGGUGAUGGCCAUUCAGGUGAUGCAGUGGUCAACGGUAAACCUACGCCAUUACCCUCGAACGGAGUGACCCCGGCCGCUGCUCCUUCUCCAACACCCGAUGCACAGAAAUCUCAACCUAAUGGCACAGCCGCCACUUCCGCGCCAGAGCCUGAGAAGCCGGAUCCUUAUCAAGCCAAAUUGGAGAGGCUAAAGCAGAGACCUACGUACACCAAGGAUGGAAAGAAACGUAUCGCCCCUCUUUUGGUGUCUGGCGCUGGAGCAGCUGAAUCAUCGUUACCACAAGCUCGGUUGAUGGCGUCUGUGAGUAGCCAGGUUAAGGCCGAUACACCGCAGUCUAUCGUCGACCUCUCGAAGCCAUUCGACGGGUUACCAAAAGGCGGGCUUGCGACAUUACUCUUUGGGAACAAGAGGAAACUUGCGCAAUUAGAAGGCGACGAGGAUGGACAUGUCGAAAAGCGCGUGGCACUGGCGAGCCAAAAUGGUGCAACGCCGAUACUCACGAAUACGACGGAUGGCCUCCUCCUGGCACAGCCUCAGAACCCUCCUGUAGGGCAACAACCAACCCCAGAGUUCAUCCGGCCUGCAGUGACGAAUCCUUGCAUGGCCGUGAGUCAGCUCCGACUAGCCGUACCUAAAGUUCGCAGUCAUAUUCUUCGAGCUAUUGACUCCACUGGCAAACCAACAGAGCCGCCCAGUGCCUCGGGGGCCUCGGGGGAGUCGAGUAAAUCACGAGUGGAUGUUGUUUUUGAAGCGCGUAAUCCAUCUGGCGCGAGCUUAACUGGACGUGCUGUUGACCGUGAACCUGUCCGACUAACCCUGUUCCGCGGGGAGCAACCAUUAUGGCAAGAUUUUCUACCACGGACGGUACUCCUUGUCACAGGGAACCAGCAAAUGUGGGCUGCCGCUUGCGAGGAGGGAUCAGUAUACAUCUGGACGCCCUCUGGCCGCCGUCUCGUCAGCGCCCUUGUCCUCGAAGCACAACCCGUCAUCCUCGAAUGCAAUGGGCCUUGGAUUCUCUGCAUUUCCGCUGUAGGCAUGUGCUACGUCUGGAAUGUCACAAACCUCUCCUCCCCACACCCACCAAUUUCCCUUCAACCUGUCCUAGACGCCGCAAUCCACACCCUAGGUGCUCAUCCCUCCGCCGCCCCCUCCAUCACAAACGCUCGCAUCAACUCCGAGGGCCGUGUCAUCGUCGCUCUUUCCAACGGCGAAGGCUACGCCUACUCCCCUUCCAUGUACACAUGGCAAAGACUUUCCGAAGCCUGGUGGGCCGUGGGCAGUCAAUACUGGAACACUACCGAAGCCCCUGUUGGAAACCUUCAAUCCGCGUCAGACGCCAGUCAAGACUCAGACGCUAAAGCCGCCGUCUCGGCCGGUAUUAUCCCCUUCCUCGAGCGGAAUACAACGAAUGAAACCCUCCUCCGCGGUCGUGCCUACUUCCUGCAACGUCUUAUCAAGGUUCUUUUGUCACGAGAAGGAUACGAGAGUUUCGAGUCAAGCGUAUCAAUUGCACAUCUCGAGAACAGACUCGCCGCUGCGCUGUCGCUCGGCGCGAAAGAGGAAUUCCGUCUUUACCUGUCCAUGUACGCCAAGCGCAUCGGAGCUGAGGGCCUGAAGACAAAGGUCGAGGAACUUCUCAAGGGUCUGUUAGGCGGGUUAUUCGAGGAGGAUGACGAUGAGCCGGAUUCUACCUCUACGAACAAAACCAAGGAUAAAUCUGAUCGGAACUGGAAGGAAAACUCUGAGACGUUAUGCGGCUGGCCACGCGAGGUCCUCCUGAAGGAGGUCAUCCUAGCACUUGGCAAACACCGAGACCUCCAACGUGUCACAGUGCCCUACGCUAAGUUACUCGGCGUUGUCGACAAUGAACCCAGCUCAGGCGACGCGAUGGAGAUUUAA